AUGGCAUAAAAGAAAUAACUGAAACAGCCAGACCCUGGCCAAGUGGUAAAUAAGGACAUAGUGUUUAGUGAAAACAUUAGAAACGAAAUGAAAUUCUUUGAUAAGAAUAGAACCGAACAUUUUCAAUUGAACCCCAAUAGAGUUGUAAUUCUAGCUGAAAAACCCAAUCAUAUAAAACCUCAAUCGCAUCAAUCUUCUAGAAAAGAGAAGGAUAAUGAUAUCUUUGGAAAUCCAUACACGGAUGAUCCAGUUGAAGAGGCAUUCUCAAAUCAAAAAUUAGAGAAGACUUUGGAAUUGAGAAAUCAGAUCCCAAGAUAAAAAUACAAUUUCCCAAUGACACAAAAUCAAGAAAUCGGUUGGUUUGCCAACUAAUUAAAUGUCUAUAAACCAACUAAGAAUUUCGCAAAUCAACAAUGUGAAAUCACUAAAUUUGUAGAUAAUUAUUUUGAAAUGACUCAUGAAAACCCAUUCAAAAAGAAAAGAUCUUGA